UCGUACAAGAUACGGAGAAAUCUCAGAGUUUCAUGUUUCGACUGUGAAGUGUCUCUGCAUUGUCCGAGGGCGGUUUCUGUUUAACCAAAACCGCGUCGUCUCCUUUUUUGAUGUUCUGCUUCCCCUUUCACGGCUACUUGUCUCUCUUUUUCCCAAUUCACUGUAGCAACAAGAAACUACUAACCGCUUCUCUGCUCCUCUGCGUUUAACGUCUCGAAUUCUACACUCUUUUUCUUGAUUUUCCGGUUUCUGAGACAACAACUUAGCCAAAAAGUCCUCUCAACGAAGUGUUUUUUCUUUUUUUCCUUUCCGAUUCUGUGGUUUUUUGCGAAGUUACAGUAUCUUCUGAGGAUAAAUUUUGUAAGAAUUUCUAGGGUUUUGGAGCAAGAAAUAUUUGAGCUGUUUACUUCAGAUUGGAGUGUUCGUUUUGCUUGUGCUUGAUAAUUUUCAAGUUUUAUGGUUGAAGUUUCACUCAAGAAAGUAUCUCUAGUACAGUUUACUUGGGGUUUAGGCAGCAGAAUCUGGUUAUUGUUCUAGAACUUGCCUUACUCCUGGUGUUUCUUUGAGUGGGAGAAAAUAGUUUGUGUUUGGGAAUACUGGUGUCACUUGUGAUAGAUGAUUUUGGAGGAAGUGAAGAGCUAGGGUUUUGGAGGUGACUAAUCCUGUGCUGGGUCAGUUUUUCUGGAAAUAGUUGUUAAGGGUAGUUGUAUGUUAUGGAUAUUGAUACGGUAGGUGGUGUUGGGGAUGCUUCCUAUUUGGAUCCCGAGUUGUUGCAGCUUUCAGAAGUGUCUCCAUUUGUACUCAAAGCCAGUCCUCAGAUAGCUGAGGAGUUGUUCUCUCAGUGGCUUUCACUUCCAGAUACUAAUCGACUGGUGAAAUCUUUAAUUGAUGAUGCAAAAGUUGGAAAUCCUAUUAAUGUAUUUGGGAACUUCGCCAGUGCAAGUUCUGGUGGAGGGACUUCAUUGCCUUCCAUGUUUCCUGCUGGCAGUACACCUCCACUUUCACCAAGAAGUUCAUCUGGUUCUCCACGCAUGUCCAAGCAGAAGACAAGCCCGUCUUCUUUGGGUUCUCCAUUAAAAUUUGUUAGUGAACCAGUACGAGAAGUCAUACCUCAGUUCUAUUUUCAAAAUGGUCGUCCACCAGCAAAUGAACUGAAAGACCAAUGUCUGUCUAGAAUUAAUCACUUUUUCAGUAAUCAUCUGGAUGGGUUGCAAAAACAUGAAUUUAAAUCUAUAGUGAAGGAAGUUUGCAAUCUUCCAUCUUUCCUCUCUUCUGCUCUCUUCAGAAAAAUAGAUACUGACUGCAGUGGGAUAGUGACAAGGGAUGCAUUCAUUAAAUAUUGGGUGGAUAUCAAUAUGCUUGCAAUGGAUAGAGCAACUUGCAUGUUUCAUAUUCUAAAGCAGUCAGAAAACAAAUACCUUACACAGGCUGACUUCAAACCAGUUCUUCGGGAACUUCUGGCAACCCAUCCGGGUUUGGAAUUCUUACAGAACACACCUGAAUUUCAAGAAAGAUAUGCUGAAACAGUCAUAUACAGAAUAUUCUACUACAUCAAUAGAUCAGGAAAUGGUCGACUUACACUUAGAGAGCUGAAACGUAGUGAUCUCAUUGGCGCCAUGCAACAUGCAGAUGAGGAAGAGGAUAUUAACAAAGUCCUAAGAUACUUUUCUUAUGAACAUUUCUAUGUUGUAUACUGCAAAUUCUGGGAGCUGGAUACAGACCAUGAUUUCUUGAUUGACAAAGAAAAUCUCAUUAGAUAUGGCAAUCAUGCCCUUACCUACAGGAUUGUUGAUAGAAUAUUUUCACAGGUGCCAAAGAAGUUCACCAGCAAUAUUGAAGGGAAGAUGGGCUAUGAAGAUUUUGUGUACUUUAUGCUCUCAGAAGAGGACAAAUCUUCAGAGCCUAGUCUUGAAUAUUGGUUCAAGUGCAUAGAUUUGGAUGGAAAUGGUGUAUUAACAGCCAAUGAAAUGCAAUUCUUCUAUGAGGAGCAGCUGCACCGAAUGGAGUGCAUGGCCCAGGAGCCUGUGCUAUUUGAGGAUAUCUUGUGUCAAAUAGUUGACAUGAUUGCACCAGAAAGAGAAGAUUAUAUCACACUGCAGGACCUGAAAGCAAGCAAGCUUUCAGGAAAUGUUUUCAAUAUUCUAUUUAAUCUCAAUAAAUUCAUUGCUUUUGAAAGCCGCGAUCCAUUUCUAAUUCGCCAGGAGCGAGAGGAUCCAACCUUAACAGAGUGGGAUAGAUUUGCACAUAGGGAGUACAUCAGACUUUCAAUGGAAGAAGAUGUUGAGGAUGUCUCAAAUGGAAGUGCAGAUGUUUGGGAAGAAUCACUUGAGGCUCCUUUUUGAGUCAAUGAGCUCCCUACGAAAAUAUCUUGUCGCCUGACCAAAUGGCAUGGAAUGAAAAGAUUUACACAGAGAAGCUGAUCAAAAUAUGCAAUAUCAGCUUUACGUCUGAGGUUGGGCAUGACUUUUGACAUGUGAUAUUGGUCCAUCAGGGAACAAGCUUGACCUUUCGCAAUCAAAUUAAGCUGCAUUCCAAAAUUCUAUGGUGUAAAUUUCAGGGAUGCUAGGAGAAUCCUUUGAAAUGGGAGAUGGCUGGUUUCUAUAAGAGAUUAAUCAUCAGCAGAUACAGAAGUCAGUACAGUGUUUCUUUGGGUUAGCUACAUUUGUGGCUGGUUUUCUUUUUCUUGUGCUUCUUUUAUGGUAAAAUAAAAAGAGACACUUCAAUCCUCACUGUGAACUUUUCUUUUAUGUUCUGAUCCUGUAAGCUUGGUGUUCAAAUAGAGACACUUCUUCCUCAUUCUUUCUUCUGGUAUUUAUGCGCUCUUUUUAAUGUUU